AUGGCUGGAGGAACCACUGCUGGUCAACGUGAAAAUAGUCAAGGGACAACUCAAACUACAACGAAACCGAAUCCUUUUGGUUCAUUGUCUUCUGCACUUGGUAUCGGUUUGAGUUUGCUUGCAAGCAGAUUCCUUGGUAGAAACUUCUCAUAUUCCCAUUAUCCUUACUACAAUGGAUACGUAGGAUAUAGUUGGUACAGACCGACGUAUUAUUACUAUGAUCACUAUCCAUACUAUUACUAUAAUUAUCGUGGUUAA